GCCAAGCGAUGUUUAUUUCGCCAAGAAGGGAGUCAGAUCCUGCCCAGAAGAAGCAUAAACAACACUGCUGGGAGUGUCGUCGACACCGUCUCGUGUGUGACUUUACGCGUCCCAAAUGCCAACGGUGCUCUGCGAAUGGCAUUGCAUGUCCGGGAUACGAUGAUGCAAAACCAUUACUCUGGCUGGAGCCGAAUAGAUCCACGCGAAAGAGGAGAUCGCGAUCUGACCGUGAGGAAAAGAUGAUGGUUGAAAAGGCGAUUGCCCCUCGCAUCCAGAAUAUCCAAUUGAGAACCGACAUAUCCGCUGUGUUUGAAGCAGCCGAAUACUACAAUACAUGCAUCUAUCCAGAAACACUGCCGAUCUGCGACCUCGGCCCCAAUCCCCACGUAUACCGUCUGUCGCCGAUCCAUCUGCAGAACGUGCCCCAACGCCCCGACCAUGUGCGAUUGGCCUUUGUCUGCAUGAUCCUGAGCCACCGGAUCAACCGGACGAGAGAUGACCCACAAUCCCACGCUCUUGGUGUGACGCUAUAUCGGUAUCGUGAUCUGGCCAUUCGCUCCCUGCGUGAGCAUAUCAUCGCCGGUGACCAGGGUAAUCGGGAUAUCAUCAUUGCUUCUGUCAUUGCAUUUCUUCUUGCUGAUGCCCAGCAAGACGGACUACGCAACUGGCAAUGGCAUCUCGAGGGCGCCCGCAAACUGAUCAAGUUACGAGGGGGUAUCCAUGCCCUGGCCAAGAUACAGCCAUUGGAGCAGCUGCUUUGUUGCUUUAUUUUCCUCGCAGUCAUAGGAAACACCACCUCUCCUGCGUCAGACCUCACCAUGGCUGCCUCGCACCUCGCUGAUCUCGACUUUAUCGUAACCCUGAAUAGCAAUCCCAUCUUCCCCAUCCAACUGUGUCCCCCUGUCCUACUCGGGGAGAUCAUCAAGAUCAACCACGUCCGAAUGCGAGCUACCACCGAAGGGGGCCGUCCAGACAUCUUACACGAGGCAUACGCACUCCUCAACAGCAUCGACAGCUUCUCUGCAGAAAAAUGGGCCUCCACCAAACCCUCCUCCAACGAGGAAUGGGAACUAGCAGGAAACACCUACCAGGCCGCCGUAGCGCUGUACUGCAUCUCCUCCCUGCAGAGCCUGUCGGUCCUUCCUCGCGUCCGCUCAGUCACACGUACACAGUGUCUGUAUGGCUUCCUCAAACAGGCUCUGUCAUCGCCACGACUCAACAGAACCCUUCUGUGGCCGCUUGUUGUUCUCGGCAUGGACGCUGUGCGUGGGAGUAUCGCAAUGCGCGGGUUCGUCGUCAAGCAGCUGGCAGAGAUGAGCCGGAAGGCUGGGACCCAUGUGCCUCUCACCGCUAUACAUGUCCUUCAGGAGUUCUGGAAAUCAGGGGAGACAGCUUGGGAUGCGUGCUUCAACAGACCGUAUGCGUUUGUCACGCAGAUUGCGCUCAACACGAGGCCAAUUCGAACUUAGCUAUAUUUUAAUUUUCAAUAUUGGAUACUAUUUGGCGUUACUCUGCCAGCUGGCU